AUGGCAGCAGCGAACCUACUCGUGGAAGAGGACUUAUUAUGUCCCCAGUGCUCUGGGAUUUAUUGUCUUCCUGUGCUGUUGAAAUGUGGACACAAUAUUUGCAGAGUUUGUUUACACAAAUUCUGGGAAUGGAAGGGAUGUCGAGAAUGCCCGGUGUGUCGCACUGUGUGUGCCCCUGCGAGACCUCCUAUCAAUCUGGCUCUAAAGAUAGCUGCAGAUGAAUAUCAACUGCGAGGGAGCAGCAGGGAUCAAGACAUCUGUUUUUUGCACAAUGAGAAGCUCACACUUUUUUGUCAGAAUGACGAGGAGCCCGUGUGUCUCGUCUGCCAGACGUCAAAACAGCAUAAAGUGCACGAGUGCUGCCCAGUAGAAGAGGCUGCUAAACAGAAAAAGGUUGAAAUUUCUACCUUGUUGGAGUCCGUAAGGAAAAAGCUCAAAACCCUGAACAAGACAGAGGAGCAGUGGAGAGAAACAAAAACUUACAUACAGACCCAAGCUCAUCAAAACGAGAAGGCAAUAAAGGAGGAGUUUCAGAAGCUGCACCAGUUCCUCUGGGAGGAGGAGAAGACGCGGCUGAAGCUGCUCAAACAGGAAGAGGAAGUCAAGACCCAGGUGAUGUGUGAAAAGCUGGCAAACAUCAAGGACCAGAUCAAAAGAGUCACAUCAAUCAUCAGGGACAUGGAGGCAGCUCUGAGAGGGAAGGAUCUACCAUUUCUGCAGGACUACAAGAAGACAAAGAAAAGGGUCAAAUGCAGCAUCCGAGAGCCGGAGUGUAUCAGAGACAUACUGAUAAACACUGCAAAGCAUCUGGGGACGCUCAAGUUCGGAAUUUGUGAGAGUAUGUCCAAGAUAUUUAAAUAUGUUCCCAUCACUCUGGACCCAAACACAGCCCACCCCAACUUAGAGUUCUCUGAAGAACUGACCUGUGUGCAGUACAGCAGGAGGCAGCUCCUCCCCGACAACCCUGAACGCUGCACCAGCCGCCUGUGUGUGCUCGGAGCCGCCGGCUUCACAUCUGGAAGGCACACCUGGACAGUGCAGGUGGGCCAAAACAAAGACUGGUACAUCGGAGUGGCCCGAGAGUCCGUCCAGAGGAAGACCACCGUCUUCCUCAACCCUGCCGAGGGCUUCUGGGUGAUGGGCCUGUGUAAGGGAGACUCGUUCUGGGCUGAGACCUCACCUCGCACCAAGCUGGUGUUGAAGCUGAGGCCUGAGAGGAUCACUGUGGUGCUGGACUGCGACAAAGGAAAGGUGGUGUUCAUCAACGCUGCUGAUAUGACGACAAUACACACAUUCAGAGAUAGAUUUACAGAGAAGAUUUUCCCCUACAUCUCCACAGGAUUGUAUGAGGAGGGGAAAGUCUCCAGCCCAUUGACAAUCUGUCCUCUGACCAUAACUCUGGAUGUAAAAUAGACUCAUACAGGAGACACA